CACACCGGACACCGGAGCGGCGGCGGCGGCGGCGGCGGCGGCGCUUGGCGACCGGCCUGCGGCUGCGGGUCCGCGGCGGCGGCGGCAUGCGCGUGUGAGAUGCGGCCGCGGGCAGUCGGGACGCGAGCAGCGGCCGCCGAGGCAGCGGGAAAGGCGGGCGCGGCCUGCUCGGCGCGGGGCGCCCGGCGCAUGAGGGCGAGCACGCGGGCGCUGGGCAGCUGCCGGCCACGCCGCCUCUAUAAACAUUGGUUUAGGACUCGUUCGCCCCGUGGACGCCCCGGCGGCCCCCGUCAUGGAGGCUCCGCCUGACGGCGGGGCCCCGGUGUCGGCCGCGAGCGCGGCGCCGCUGCGCGCCUCGGAGGUGGCGCGGCUCCGCGAGGAGCAGGAAAAGGUGGUCACUAACUGCCAAGAGAAAAUCCAGCAUUGGAAGAAGGUGGAUAGUGAUUAUAAUGCUCUGCAGGAAAGACUCAGUACUUUACCUGAUAAGUUGUCUUAUAAUAUCAUGGUACCAUUUGGCCCAUUUGCCUUCAUGCCAGGAAAACUUGUUCAUACCAAUGAAGUCACUGUUUUACUGGGAGACAAUUGGUUUGCAAAAUGCUCAGCAAAGCAAGCUGUGGACUUAGUCGAGCAUCGGAAAGAACAUGUAAGAAAAACAAUAGAUGAUUUAAAAAAAGUGAUGAAAAAUUUUGAAUCUAGAGUUGAAUUCACAGAAGAUUUACAGAAAAUGAGUGACGCUGCAGGUGAUAUUGUUGAUAUAAGAGAAGAAAUUAAAAGUGACUUUGAAUUUAAAGCUAAAUACCGAAUUGCUCAUAAACCUCACUCCAAACCCAAAACUUCAGAUGUUUUUGAAGCGGAUUUUGCAAAUGCUAUGAAAUCUGAUAAUUUACUUGCUGAUAAGGAACUGUGGGAUCGGCUUGAAGAACUAGAGAGACAAGAAGAAUUGCUGGGUGAACUUGAUAGUAAGUCUGAUACUGUGAUUGUAAAUGGAGAAGAUACAACAUCUUCAGAAGAGGAAAAGGAUGAACAAAACAUAAAUGUGAAUAGGAUGCAUCAAAUAAAAGACUCUCAUACUUCUAGCAGUUAUAAGAAUGUUACAAAUUCAGAACUGUUCAAUGGCCAAAUGAAUAGUCAGCUGAACGGGUCAGUGAAUGGUUCAAAUUCUUACAGUAAUGAUGAAGAAGAGGAGGAAGAAGAAGAAGAUGAUGAUAAUGAAGGGGAGGAUGAGGAUGAUGACAACAAUGAAAAUGACCAUGAUGCUUUAGAUGUUGGAGAAAAUUCUAUACCAACAAUAUAUUUUUCUCAUACUGUUGAACCUAAGCGGGUUCGAAUAAAUACUGGAAAAAAUACCACUUUAAAAUUCAGUGAAAAGAAAGAGGAAGCCAAACGUAAGCGAAAGAACAGCUCUGGUGGCGGCCAUGCUGCCCAUGAGCUGCCAAUGAUCAGGACUCCUGCUGACAUUUACCGAGUUUUCGUUGAUGUUGUGAAUGGCGAAUAUAUCCCUCGUAAGUCAAUCCUGAAGUCUCGAAGCAGGGAGAACAGCGUGUGCAGUGACACCAGUGAAAGCAGUGCCGCCGACUUUGAUGAUAGGCGGGGCAUUCUGAGAAGCAUUAGCUGUGAAGAGACCUCUUGUAGUGACACCAAUGAGAGUAUUUUGGAAGAAGAACAACAAAACCACCCCAAAAAACUUUUGCCUUUAUCAGGAGCAUCAGAGGCUUUUUCUGGGACUGUAAUAGAAAAAGAAUUUUCGUCAUCUUCUUUAAUACCACACACAGCCACGGUUCACCCUCUGCUGCCCACCAUACCAGAACGAAAAGAAGUUCUAUCAGAAGCCUCAGAAGAAACUGCAAAGAGGGUCUCAAAGUUCAAAGCUGCCAGAUUGCAGCAGAAGAACUAGGAAAUGGGAAUUUACAUCCUAAAACCUAGUUUUAUAUUUGAAUAUAUGUAUUAUGUAUAUAUGCAUAAUAUGUAUAUUAUGUAAUUUGAAAUAAGACAUUCUGAGUUUAUUUGGCAGCCGGGUCUCUUAUUCUUAUCAGUGACAUUUAAAAAAAAUCAAAGUAAAUGUUUGAAUACUUUAAUAUUCAGCUUGUUUUGUUAAUUCUCUAAAUACUGUCAACACUCUUGUCUAAGUUUUCCUUAUGAUGCAAUGGCAACAUUUUGAAUUAUUUUUCAAAGAAUACUGUUCUUAUGCAUUGUUUUCGUUUCAAACUAAAUACAGGCAGUUUUGUACCAGCUGUGAUGUUGUGCAUACCAUAUGGACCAUUCUAAAGAAACUUUUAAAAUUUCAAGUAGAGCCAACAGUUACGUUACUUGCUUUAGUAUUUUAAGGCACUUUAAAAAAAAUCUACUUUUUGUAGAUUUUGCAGCUAGGUGACUAUUUAAAAAAAAAAGUCUCUCCCCUUUAACUGCCAUUCUGUAAUCUCAUAAGGCAGAAAGCUUACAUGUACCCCAGGGGAAAAUUUCUUUGACUGGAAGAAUGCUAUUUUGUAAAACAUUUUUUUCAAGUAAAGAUUUUAUUAAACUUGGUAUCUAAAA